AACCCUUCAAAUUGUAAAACAUCCCAUGUCGUCUGAAUUGAAAAGAGCUUAAAAAUGGCACUCUUUAGAGCUCGUGUCUCCUCUUCUCUCCUUCGCUCAUGUCUCGGCGCUAAUUCUCGCGCUCUCUCUACUGCUACUUCUUAUAUAUGUGUGGGUGUGAUGGUGGAAUCGAAAGAAGUGCCUCGUUGAAGUCGAUGAUGAACCAGAUGCUGACUCUAGACAUAAGCUCUCAAUAUGGGAGCUGUAUGCCACUGUCAAAUAUGAGAAUCGGGAUGCACAUUCACAACGUUGAGCUCCGCCCGGGGCAGGGUGGGAAACUCGUGCGAGCUGCAGGGACCUCUGCAAGGAUACUUACUGAACCGAAUAGAUCAGUCGGAUAUUGUGAGAUAGUACUGCUGUCUGGAGAGAAGAGAUUGAUAGACAAGAGAUGCCGGGCAACGAUAGGAGCAGUGUCAAACCCUGAGCACGGAACAAAGAAGCUGAGAAAGGCAGGGCAAUCACGGUGGCUGGGGAUAAGGCCCACAGUGAGAGGUGUGGCAAUGAACCCAGUCGACCACCCCCAUGGUGGUGGUGAAGGAAAGAGCAAAAGUAGUGGGAAACACGGGCAUUGCUCGCGGACGCCGUGGGGGAAACCUACCAAGUCUGGAUACAAGACUGCCCGUACUAAGAAGAGAGAUGUUGCACCAGGGAAGGUGGAAAGGGAGGCUGAGGUCAGGCAGACUAAGGCUGAGGUGAAGCCAAUUGCUACUAAGGAAAUGCAUGUUGUUGCUGAAUAGAUAUGGAAAGAUAUGAUGGAGAAGAUGCUCAGCAAGCUAGGCAAAGCCACUGCAGCGCAGAGGGGGCUACUGGAGCUCCAAACUGAGAAGUUAAUGAAAGCCCUCUCCUUCAUGGAGAGGAUAGUUAUAUUGGCCGAGCAUAACUCCCAUCUAGCCUCGCAGUUUGCGGCUCGGGAUUGAAAGGAAGCCUGCAGCAGCCCACCCUGGAAACUACCCCUAUUAAGCCGUCAAGAAAAAGGAUGGAAACCACCACCACCACCACCAGCCGAGUAGACAAAGAAGAAGUCAGAGGAGCCAACAUCAUCGGCUCUCAAAAGAGUCAAAUUGGAGAAAACCAAACGCCUGACUCAACAGGCUUGCUCCCAAGGGAGCCAGAAACAUAAUUAACCCCCCAAGUGACCAAGUAAAUUUUAAAUUUCAUGUUUUAUUUCUAAUAGUUAUAGGUCUUGUUUUAGGAAGUUCUUAUAUAUGCAUGUGUGUCCACUUUAUGUCCUUUUCUUGUGUGUUCUUCUCCCACUUAGCCCACUUCUUGGUCUAAGUGUGAGAAGAAGUUUUAUGUGUAUAACAUGUGUCAAUUUAACUGUAAUUGUUUGGCGAUUGUUCUCCCACUUAGCCUAAUGCUUGGUCUAAGUGUGAGAAGUUUGGUUGUACAUAUACCUGUGUGGAAGUAUCGACGUAAUUUCAUAGAGUCAUUCGGUCUGAAUGCUCCAUGAAGAACAUAAGCCAGAUGACGGAACGGGAAGACCUAGGAUGUAGAAGAUCAUCCCAUGAGUGAUUCGGCAGAUUUGGAUUCAUAUAGAUAUCCACCCAUGUGGUACUUCAUUGUACCAUAUAUAUAUAUAUAUAUAUAUAUAUAUAUAUAUAUAUAUACGAUCCAUCUGUAUAGAUAUCAUCUAGUAGUUGUUUUGUAUGUAUAUUAUGUCUGGCAGAGCAGAACAACCAAAUGGCCUUACAACUUAUAUCCGCCGCUUCUACCUCAAAAGAAAGCCCGCAAAGGGAAGCCACCCCAGACACCACUCCUAUCAAAGAGACAAGGAAGAGGAAAACCACCACCGCCGCCGACCAAGCACCCUCUGCACUACCUGCUUCAUCCACGGCCAAGAGGACCAGGCUGACCAAGCAUUCUGGCUCCUAGGGGAGCCAGAAGAAACACUAAACUAGACGGACCAAGUGUGUAUGAAAGUUCGCCAUAUUAAAAAAUGAACUGAUCAACUAGGCGGACGAAUGGAUCAAGGAGAAUGAGUCAAAUUUGCUGCGUAAACCGAUCAAGUCGGACUACAUGACAUGCAGCAGGAGCACCCGAUUAGAAGAUUGAGCGACACACAAGAAAGAUCCCCACGGGCGAAGGGUUAAGAAGACUUUUCGAAGGACAGUUGCCCUAGAGAUCAAGACCCCACGCCUUCCUAUAAAUGAAAAUAGAGAAGGAGGAAGGAGGCAACUCCCAGCUCUUGACACUCAGUAGACUUCAGCUCUCUUCUAGGGCUGAAAUAGGGGCUCCCAACACUCAAAACUCCAGAUUUCCGUAGCAUACACACUUGGUUUUUGUUCUAGUUUAGUCUGUUAGUGGUUUGGUGUUGGUUUUUAUCAUUUUAAUCGUUUAGUUCUGCUAUUCCGCUUCAAGAAGGGACGAUGAAACAAUUUCUCUCUUUGGUUUUGUCUAUUUUUAGUUUACGCUUGAUGUUGCAGACUCUUGAUGUUUUGAUUCAGUAAAUUUAGUGUUAUGAUUUCGA